CCCACUCGAAACACUGAUUAAAAGCUUAGUUGGUCAAAAUGAAGCGAAAGGAAAAAUCUCAGAGAACUUUAGGCGGCAAACGAAGAAAAAGUUCAAUCAGCCCUACUCCUUCACGAUCUAAAGAUACCGAUUUCAUUAGUUUAAUGUCAAAAGUGGGCUUCAAAUUCGACGAAAAUGGGAAUAAGAUGAUCACAAAUUCUACCGUUGUUCAGCAAAAAUUGCUUGAGCAUUUGAACAAAAAUUCUGACGCAAAGAUAGACCUAAAAAAGUCAAUUUCAAGCAGCAUGUCUGACAGUUUUGAAAAUGAACAAUUCUUUGUUCACUGUUUACUUCCAACUGAGUUGGUUACAGUGGAGGAUGGGCUGGACAUGGAUUCAUCGCAAUUUUCCAACAACAUUCAGGACAGCUUAGUAAAAGUCCUGCUAAGAUGCGAACCACUUCAAAGUAUCGUCAUUGAGGCUUUGCUACAAAAGUUUCCCAAUUACACUGACAACGAAAAUGUGCAAGUCAAGUCUCUCAUGCACCAAGGAAGUGUUCAAAGCAUCGUCAACAUUCCACGUCUCAUUCUAAACCAGCUACGUUGGGUGAAUGUGAUCCAUAAUGCUGUGUCUAUUGCUGAACAUCUAAUUGAAAUGGCAUCUCUUAUGCAGUCGGCUGCAGCAUGUGAUAUGAUCUGUUUUCUACCUGACUUACUGGUGUCUGAUAAUGAUCAUUCUGAGAUUGCAACAAGUUUAUGUAAUUUGCUCAACUCUGGUCCGGAAAACAUAACCACGGCUGUGUUUGACGCAUUGGCCAAUUUAGUGAUAUCAGAUUCUGUGGCAAAGGACAUACAAGAAAUUGCGCUUGCAAAUUUAACAACGGCUGAACUUAAAGAUAUUCCAAUAAUUGUGAAAUAUCUUUUGAAGUCAACUUUAAAUAUUCAAUCUACAAAGGAAGUGAUCUCGUCACUUCGGCCUAACAUCGAUUUCAGUGUGUUGACGCAAUCUUCAUCAGAGGAGGAUGCAGCAUCCAGUAAAUCAAACAUCACUUUAAUUGCAGAUGUUUUAUUUUCUGCCAUAAAGUUCCACAGCAAUGUGUUUUCCGCUUGGAUUUCCGUUUUGGAAAAGAUUGACAAACCACAAUUCAAUGUUGGAGACUUGGUCAGUUUGUUUUUACUCUGUGACGUUCAAAACACAACUCACAAGAAAAAUGCUCUUACCCUACUACAUAACAAACUGAAAUCGGGGCAAAUUUCGGACAAAGUUUUCACUUCAACGUUUACAACCUGUUCCUAUAUAUUAGAAGCUCAUUUUAAAUCAAUCUCGAAAACAACCCAAGGAUUGGUUUGGAAUUCGAACCCUCAGUUAAAAGAAACAGGUUCAUUGAUGUAUAAACUGUCCCUUCUUCAUUUGGAGCCUUACUACAAGCAAGAGACACUCGGCUUCAUCAUCGAACACAUCAGCGCCACGAAUGCAUCUUCCGGGAAUACAUCGGAAGCGGACACAGCACUAGACGUUCUACGUGAAGUAGCACAAGUGGAAGUUGGUAUUUUGCUCCCAUAUGCCAGUUAUAUAAGCGAUUCACUCACAAACAUGGAUAUCAUGAAUCUAUCACAGGUUCGAAAAUCCUACAGAAUCCUUUGCUACAUGGCCUUUACUGAUAGCACAGAUGCUUAUAUUCUUGGCAUGAAGGAUGAAUUACAAAUGAUGCUUCGUAAACAAUUAACUAAUCUCAGUGAAAGAUAUCAACAUGUUGGUAUUAUCGGUUGCUUAACUUCCUUAAUUGCGAUGUCUCAAUCAAACAAGAAGAAAGAUUCAAGUCCAGCAACGGACAUACAAAGUCUCUUUAAAACACUGAACUACCUGCUUGGAAAUCAGGCACACUCCUGGUCCUUGUUCUAUGAUGAAAUUUGCAUUGCUUGUAAAAGUUAUGGUAAAUUACCCGGCCAACUUAUCAAACUAUUAAACAAGCAUGCUCAAGAAAAACUGCAGCUGCUUUUUGUAACUGACUGCGAUCAGCCAGCUUCUACAAGCAGCCACAGCUUAGAAACAGGUUGCAGGUUUGGUCUUUCAUCUGAUGAUAAAGAUUCUGAUGUGGCGGUAAAUCUAAUUCCAAAUGCUGCAAGAAUAAACGAUCAGUCAGUCAUGCUCUGCUCUCUGUUCCAAGCCAUUGCAAGCUUGGAGAAAAUGAGUAAAGGCUCCUUAGAUAAUAUAGAUGCACUACAGUGCUGCCCUUUGGUUAUGUUCAGUUCAAAAUACGAAGAAAAAACAGUUUUUCGAUCUCUAAACAACGAGCAAGCCACCCAGGUUCUAGAUUGUUUAUUUGCUUCAAUAAACUGGAUUCGUGAAGUCCUUGGGAUAUUUUCGAUGGAAUGUGAUGACGAUGCAGAAAACAACAUUCUGCCCCGGUUAAAGAAUGCAUGCGAGAUACAGUCAAUACUAGAAUAUCUCCUACCAACAGCUCCUACUUACACCCCACCGUGUUCCAACAACAAUUCAGUUGUACAUUCAGCUCCAAAAAUGAACCAGACAAUUUCAUCCAAAAGUCAAACCAGUUCCUCGACUCAAAAACUCCAGAAAACUCUAAACCAAACUGAUCUACCAACGCCGUCAGCUGCCAUAAAAUCCCCAAAAGCUGCUAAGAAAAAGACUGCAGUUGUGCCACCAACGUCAAAAGUAUCUUUAUUCAGCUCCAAAUACAUUCCUUAUCUGAGGGAGUUGAACAAAGAAGUGUUUUUCCUUCUUAAGCACCCUUUGCUUUGCAACCAGUCUGAAGCGGAAAAAUCAGUUUCAGAGCAAGACCAUCUCGAGCCUCAACAUUUGUUGUUUCUUUUGACUGAUUUAAAUUUUAAACUCCACCAUCGACUUGGUGGCUUUAAAGCCCCACGUAAUGGUCUGGAGCGACUUAGCGAAUGCCCGGUGCAUGAAGUGGCAAAGUAUGCAGUAAAACUCGUUCCACAUUUGUGCAUUCAUUUGGAGAAAAUUUCAAAUCAUUUUAAAAAGAGAAACAUCUCCAAUGCUUCCCAAUCCAGCAACACCAGCUUGUCAUCAACUCACUCUGGUGAAAAUCUAAAGCAGUUCGAACAGUUAUCCAAAUGCUACGAAUGUUUGCUGGAAAUUCUUGUGGAAAUUUUUGAUUACAGAGAUAUAGAUGAAGGAUCUGGGGAGACACUUCUUGACGGAAUCCUCAAUCAUAUAACGAACAAAUGUAAACCAAAGCACAAAAAACCCGACCCAGUUGUUAAAACCUUUAUUUACACGAAGCAAUUCGUCGACACAGUUCCCACAUUUAACGCAGCAUGUACGCUGCUCAAGUUAUCUUCAAGUAUUCUUGGCUUUGCACCAGACAAAGAUGUCGCUGAAACUAAAUGCAAGGACAUGGCUGUAAGCUUGAGCGACUGUGCUGUUGGGUUUUUACAACAGGAAUGGUCAGAUUUACAAUCUGCAGCGGGCUCCCAGUCCAACCACAAACUCCUUGCAACCAUGUUCAAUCUCCAUUUGGAACCAAGUCCUGAUGUUCUUGAAAGCAUUGAAACUUUCCUACAAAACAGUCUCACUCAGUUGCUUGGGGGCAUGCCUCCCGAUUCUGAAGAAGCAGAGCCGAUAGAAUACAAAUGCAUCAACAAGUCAAACUACUUUGUCUUCUAUAAAGGAAUGAUGGAAGCUUUGGCAACUUUCUCCUCUCGAAUCUUACCACCUUCAAAUAAAAACAACUCGGAUUCGGAAAAUUCUAAACUUCUCAUAAACUGGAGUGAAGUUGUAAAAGUAUUGGAUCUUUUAAUUCGAGUUUUAAAAUCCUUCCCAAUGAGAGUAAUGUUAGCACCAGCGUUAAAACACGCAAGGAUCAUUGUUGAGCGAUUCAUCAAAACUGGGAUUCCUCUGUGUGAAGCAAUGUUCAGAACACAUCAGGAUGAAAUAAUCGCUUUGUUAAAAAGGAUUCAACAAGUUACACGCCAGCUUCAGAACGCUGCAUGCCAUGCUAAGUUAUCUAAGGACACCAUGUUGACAAAUCAUGUACCAGCGCUACGGAGAUGUUUGGAAAGUUUCAUAUUUCGAGUGAAAGGAAUCUUUGUCUUGCAUAAUUGCCAUGAAGCGUUCUGGUUGGGGAAUCUCAAAAAUAAAAAUCUCAAAGGGGAAGUGAUUCUCACCCAAGCUGCCCCGUCCGACUCGGACGAUGACGAUGCCAGUGACGUCACAGUGACGCACCCUUUGCGUGACGAGGAAUCUUACAGCGAAAGUUAUUAGCUAUUCUAUGACUGACACAAAAACAAAAAAUCGAUUUUAACAUUACUCAACUGUAAGCUGGUUGUCGCCAACAGAUAUCAGGAGGGGGUUUUUGACACUUGAUUACAGCCAUUCCUUUUCUCCUACUUUUUGCAAUGCUUCAUUUUCUUGGGAUUUGUAAAAGAGUUUUAAUUGUUCUUUUUAUUUGUUCACUUUGUGUGCUCUUGUUCCCUAAAUAAAUUUGUGUAAAUUUGGAAUUAA